AUGGCGACAAAGACGACGAUUUAGGGCUUUCAUGUUUCUUCGACGAUGGGAUCCCGGAAUUCAACGGGAGGAACAAAAUGGGUUAGAUCAUCAUCAGGAGGGUUCGAUCGGAAAGAUACGGAAACGACAGGGAGUUUUGGGAAGAAGGUAUAAUCUGGGUUCUCGAUGGAUCCUUUUGCAAAAAGGGAAUAUGGAAACUGAAAGAUCUCAGAAAUCAUCAAGAUCUGUGGAAUGGAUCGAGAUCUCAAUCAUCAUCCAGGCAAAAGCUCAGAAUCAGGGAGGUGGCUCAUAUUUGCCUUGUCAUCAUCAAAGAACCAGAUACUGUGUUUGGUUACAUCACACCAAAUACAGAUAACUAAUUGCCGCAUGGGAAAGAAACUGGAAUCUUUUAUUUUAAGGUCUCAGUACAGGAAUGGAACUUUUAAAAAUAUUGUCUCUGUGUCCCAUUGCGCAUUGUACAGGUUUAGGCUACUUGAGAUAGGGCUCAUAGGUCCAAAGAACCAACAAGCACGAGGGUGGGUGGCUGAACAACUCACUAACAAUCGCUUCAGACUACAACGUGUGACGUCUACAAGUUCUGUGGUUAUGGUGUACUAUAGCUUUGGAGUUUCAAGUUGGUGAUUAUUUACAGUGGCGAUGGAGACACACUGAGAAUAUGUUUGGCUAUACCAUGUUUCAGUUAAUUGCUAGUGCUGUCGCCACUAGUACCAUGGCCUCAUUAAGCCAAAGAAAAAUAUGGAGCAGCCACCUUUAUAUAGGAAUGGAUACGUUCGAAUUUGGCGAGGAUAUAAUUAUUUAUAAGUUGUUUACAAACCAGGCUCGUAAAUGGAUUACGAGGGAUCACGAUCUGGAGAGAAGAGCCUUUAAGGGGUUCAAGGUUUGUUUAUUGGAUUAUGAUUUGAAGAUUGGUUUUGUCUUCUCCGAGGAAUGGAAGAGACAAGAGAGACAGAGAGUAUCGAGAUUCAUUGUGAUAUCUCGAUUCAAUGUUUUUAUCUUGUUUAAACCUGACUCUUUUGUUAAGUGUUUAUCAAGGAAUAACAAUGGAUCUCUGGAUUUUUUUUGGUUUAAGAGGAAAAGUAUAAAU